AUGACUUGCACUACUGAACAAUGGGUCCGAUUGGCUACUUUCAAGCUUAAAGAUGUGGCAAAACAAUGGUGGGAAAGUAUUAAGCCUAUUGAUGGAUCUGAAUUGACUUGGGAGCAAUUUAAGAAGAGGUUCUUUGCCCACUAUUUCCCGCCAACUGUAAGGGCAGCAAAAGAAGCUGAGUUCCAUAACUUAAGACAAGGCAAUAUGGAUGUUGAAGAGUUCAUAGCCAAAUUUAAUGAGCUCUCUAAAUAUUCCUUGUACUUGAGGAGUAAUGCUGAUGAAGAAUGGAAGUGUGAGCAAUUCCUAGACAAGAUGAGACUUGAGUAUAGCAGGCAACUGGCAGCUCAUGAUAUUGAUUCAUUUGAAGUCAUGUGUAACAAGUUCAGGGCUGUUACUAGAAGAAGCCAGAUGAAUGAUGGUAACCAGCGAGAUGGCCAAGGCUGA